AUGCCCACUCGCGUGCUCAAAGACGAUGAUUUUUGGUUGAAGAAUAUGGAGCCCAAAUUGAUAAGAUUCUACGAAGCCUGUGUCCUCCCAGAAAUUAUCGAUGGAAGGAAAUCGAGAGGAAUGCCCAUUCGGGAUCCUGAGUACAUAACUCAAGCAAAGGCUAGAAAGGACAAAGAAGCCGAAGAGAAGAGGAACAAGCAGAAGGCUGGUGAUGCAGAGAGUUCUUCAAGAAAAAGAACUCGCACAAGCCAGAAACGGAGACCUGAUGAAAAUUCCGAUGCAGGCGCUGACUGCGAUGAGGUUUCAGACUCCGAGGAGAGGUCAAAAUUUCCGAAUGCCUCAAAACCUUCAAAUGCAGGAGUGAGAGGAAAGAAUGAUCACUCGAUUCUUAUCAGUGAUGAUGGAGCACGAGAAACGGAAGAAUGGCAGAGUCAAGAAAAGGAGGAGAAUAGUGAUGCAGUGAGUUCGCCUAGAAAAAGAACUCGCAUCAGCAAGAAACGAAGACCUGCUAAAGAUACUGAUACAGGCACAGACAGCGAAGAGAUUUCAAAAUCUCGGAAGAGAUCAACUCUUGCAACUGCCUCUGAACCGUUAAAUCAAAGAGUGAGUGAAAAGAGAAAGAGUGAUGACUGGAUUGUUAUCAGUGAUGAUGAAGAGAGAGAGGUGGAAGAAUGGGAGAGUCAAGCCGUUGAAAUAAUAAUUCGUAGUAUAAGCAUAGCCGAAGUAAUUCCAGAAAUUUAA